UCUUAGCCUUUGCAGCAGGCCUUUCAAGACAACCAUGAUCGUUCUGGUGCACGGGUGGAAACAUGUACUUCUUAAGUUGCCAAAGGGCAAGGAGCCUUUUGUCGACAACCAAAGUAGUUUGGAUAACGUACUUCUUGCUCAAGAGAUCACGUAUCCUUACAAAAAGCUUCACAAAGACUAUUGGUAAUGGUGAUUAAAUUGGACACAUGAAGGGCGUACUGCUGCAUCAAACAAGACCAAGACAUGUUUCUUAACAUUUUAGCUUCCAUGAUAGACUCAUCUCUUGGCUAAAGAGCAACAUUGUGAACCCUUUUCUGUUUUAGUCAAUGAAGCUCUAGUCAAAUAGUUUGAAUCCUCCAAUAGUUUAAGAAAGGCAAGCUCUUUCCAGCAUUUCUGGUUAUCGAUACAAUGUCAAGAUGGCCUCACCGGGCCAAGGGCUCUGGUUUGACCACUGGUUAUAAACCACUCAACAUCCGCAAAAAAACAUAUUUUGUGUAUGCUAAGUGGUUUUAACGUAGAUUACAAUCGAGCUCGGUCAAGUCCAAUUUCAAAAUGCAACAAACACGAGUCUAUUUUGAACAGCUUGAUAUCUCGAUUAGAACCUGGUCAUCGAUUUUUACGCCUUUAAAGCCGUAUUCAAACAACUCACCACGACAGCUUUUAAGAUCAAGUCGGGCUCGUCUGCAUCAAUUCAAGUUUGACCAAGCCUAACAGGAGAGGAGCCAUUCCCGAGCUGGUUUAACCAAAUGACCAGCCUUCAUCCCUUCCGGGGUUUCUGCCUUACUGACUUCUGAGAACCAUCUUCCGCGCACGGCUCCAAAAUGAGAAGUCUCCCGCGAGACGCCGGGCGGGAAAGUUUGAAAAGUGGAACCCGCCAACAAUCUUAUAGAAAGGAUUUUCCCCCGAGGUCGCAUUUCCUCAGCCAUGGCGGAAACAUCCGAACAUCCAGCAGAGCGCGGCCUCUCCCCACUCAACCCUCUCGAUUCUGAGGUUUGUGGAGGUUCUUCUUAUCCGCUCUCCUUCCCUUCUCAGCCACCUGAUGUCAGGAACUGGUUCUCCAGCUACGAAUAUGAAUCCCCAGAGUGUUCUGGCCCGGCCCAAGAUCUUCAUAGCUUCGUACUGCCUGCAGGAGGAGGAGAAAUCCAGGGUCCAUUGGGAACUUCUAGAAAGAAGGCGGAAGUCCCCUCUACAGUUGAGGAUAAACAUCUGGCUGAAUCCCCUCUAAUCCUUGUACCUGAAGUCAUUCCAUCGAAAGAAAACCCAAAUCUAUUGCCAAAAGUUCUAAGAAAAUCCUCUGGGAAACAUGAUGAUACUGAAAAUGCUGACAGCAAUCUCAACCUUUUGAGAGUUGAUGAGAAGUUGGUUGAAGGCCAUGAGCAAUCUCCAAAGUGGAUACCUGCAAAGACCGAGUGCGAAGAGCAUGUUUCACAUCAACAAAAUUCAAGAGAGAUCGGUCCUAUUUCACCAAAAAUUGACACAGAUUUGGAGGUGGCAUAUGAAGUUCCUGGUGGAGAAGAGUUGCUCCCAAGAUGUAACGUUGGGAAGGAAGGUUUCAUUUCUGUCAAGACCAAGGAUAACACUAGCGGCAGCGGCGAAACAUUUCCAAGCAGCUUAAGUUUUAGGGUGAAGUAUGAAGACCCGAUUGCCGGUGAGGAGACGGUAAUUUGGGGAAUGCCAUCACAUGGAAAGAAGUACUGCUCAGAUAGAGAAAACCACAAAUUAAGUCCAUGCCAUGAGUUGUUUCAAGAAAAUGGUUUCCUUCCACUAAAGAGGAAACAGAAUUUACAGCAGCUAUUUGGAUUUGGUUUCCUCACAAAAUAUUCUGAAGAAGAAAACAACGAUCUUAUCUCAUCGAAAAUGUCUAAAAGCCCGGUCGGAGACCCGGAGUGCAGUCCGAAGGUGCUUUCUGAAAUGAGCGAGUGCAAAGAAAAUUUGGGUGCGGAGGAUUGGAGAAGAGAGGAUAACACAAGCUCUGCUGGUAAAAUAAAGGAAGACCAGAUUUCUCAGGAGAAAUGUUCAUUCUUGAGGUGUACCAAAGAAGAGCUAAAUGAAAAUGCUCCCACAAGCGGCUUUGUUUCUACAAAAAACAAGGAAAUUACACCUGAUGUUAGCUGCAACUUGCCACCAAAAUCAAUUUCAGCCAUGAAAUACAGGGGCAUUGCGUUUAGCAAUGGGAUGAUUAGGAGAGAAACCAAUGAACACCUGAUGAAUGGGGACUGCAAAUUUCUAGAGAACAAUGGGAAGUUGGGAUGGAAAGAAGCUCAAGACAGAAAAAGAAAUCCUUUAGCAGAUAAAACUAAUUUUCAAGCUGGAAUUGUAGCAAUGGCACCAGAGCUCCCUGGGAAAUGGCGGUGUCCUCGCAGGAGCAAGCCCUACAUGGGGCCUCAGCUGAAGCAACUACGGUUGGAACGUUGGGUCCAUCGAGCGACUUAGUACAAUUCUAUUACGUGGCUAGCAGUGUUUUUCUCCUCUGCAGGGCUGUGCAUCAGCCCAGCAGAAUACCGUGACAAUGACGCUUGGUGGCACACUGGCACUCACAAGAACCAUUGUCCCCUUCUUGCCUAGUGUUUGUAGAGCUCACAUUUGAGUCCCAAAAAAGAAUUGUCUUAUUUGUGUUAUCACGUGAUUCUAGCCUUUAAUUUUAAUCCAAGUAAGUACCCAAUUGGUUUGUGAA